AUGGUGUUCUCACAGCUCAAGUCCCGCUUCGGCGGGGCGGGGAAUACGCCACAGCAGCCCGCGUACCCGGCGGAAUCUGCCGGCGCUGAGGCUUCCGACUCCGAGGCGUCCGUUCUUCGGGACGGCGACUUCGCGUAUGUGAGAGCCAAGGGUGGGAACAACUCCCUUCCGUCGUAUCAGGAGGCUGUCGGUGCUCCGGUGGAGGGACACUCGCCGCUGGGAUACCAUGUGGGAUGGGCCACCGUCGUUUUUCUUAAUGUGAACCAGAUGAUCGGCACUGGUAUUUUCUCCACGCCCGGGACGAUUCUUAAGAGCACCGGAUCAAUCGGCCUUGCUCUCAUCUACUGGGUCAUCGGCUUCAUCAUGGCCGUCGCUGGAUUCGCGACAUACCUAGAGUUCGCCAGCUACUUCCCCAACCGCAGCGGUUCCGAAGUCGUCUACCUCGAGCAGGCAUACCCUCGUCCGAAACACUUCUUCCCCAUCGCCUUUGCCGUGCAGUCCGUGAUACUUUCGUUUAGUAGCAGCAAUGCCAUUGUGCUGUCUAGGUAUUUGUGGCGCAUCGCUGGGAAGACUCCAUCGGAUUGGCAGAUGAAGGGAGUUGCCAUCGCUGCCUAUACGCUCGCCGUAAUUUGUGUCAUUGCUCAUAACAAGUUCUCCCUCUGGGCCGUCAACGGCUUUGGCGUCAUCAAGCUCAUCACCCUCGUCUUCAUCAGCAUUACAGGCUUAGUUGUCCUCGGGAAGAAUGUCGACCACAUUCCCGACCCAAACGUCAACUUCCGAGACGCCUUUGCAGGAACGACAGACAACGGAAACGACUUAUCGAGCGCCCUGGUCAACAUCAUAUUCUCCUACAGUGGCUACGCGAAUGCGUUCAACGUCGUCAAUGAGAUUCAACGACCCAUUCCCGUCAUCAAAAGAUAUGGGCUAUUGUCCGUCUUGCUUGUAGCCAUCUUGUAUAUACUUUGCAACAUUGCGUACUUUUCAUCUGUCCCAAAGGAGGAGUUCGCCAAGUCCAAGGAAAUCGCGGCAGCGGUUUUCUUCAGGGCCGUAUUUCGGACAAAGGGUGCUGAGACGGCCUUGAAUGUCCUUGUGCUACUCAGCGCGUUCGGCAAUUUGUUGGCCGUCCUCAUUGGCCAGUCGCGUUUGAUUCGAGAGAUCGGAAGACAAGGUGUCCUUCCUUACCCCAAGUUUUGGGUCUCCACGAAGCCAUUUGGCACCCCGCUCGGCCCAUAUAUCCUCAAAUGGGUCAUGACUUUUGUGAUGAUCGUCGCGCCUCCAGCUGGAGACGCAUUCCAGUUCGUCGUCAGCCUCAAGGUUUACCCGGAAGCCAUCUUCCACAUCCUCCUUAGUGUUGGCCUCUACAUCGUACGCUACCGCCACAAACGCGUCGGUCACAAGCGGACAGACUUCCGCGCCUGGGACGUUCUGGUCAUCUUCUUUAUCCUCGUCCAGGUAUUCGUUGCAGUGAUGCCGUGGUGGCCGCCAAAGGGCGGACCGUAUGCCGGAGACGUGAGCUUCUGGUAUGCCACAUAUUGCGUUGUCGGAAUUGCCGUGUUGAUUUUAUGUGGCAUCUACUAUGUGAGCUGGAUCUACCUCAUCCCUCACUGGAAAGGGUACGCCAUCCGUGCUGAGGUUCUCGAUGUCGACAAUAAUGGGGCAACCACACAUCGUCUCGUGAAGGUUCCCAAUGCUGAGUUGCAACGAUGGGAUGCGGAACAUGAUGAUGCUGGGAAUUUGCGACAGAGGUCUGUCAGUGGCGAAUCUGAUAAAACCGAAGAGUCGGGAGAGAAGACGGUUUAG